CGAGCAGGGCACGCUGCCUGCCAUGGUCGUCCCGCUGGAGGGCGACGCGCCCAUCGCGCCCACGCCCGCGGACCUGCUCGAGGGGGGCGGCGAGCUCCUGCCUCCGGCAGCGAGCGCCGCCCUGGCGGCGCGGGCGCGGGAGCUGCGGGCGGAGAAGGACCGGGUGCGCCCCGGGUCGAGGCCCUCCAUCCCCCCCGGCGCAUUUCUCCAGUACGCGGUGAGCGGCAUGCCGGCGCAGGGGCAGCAGGGUAACGUGCCCCUGAACGCCGCGCGAGCGCCCGGGGCCCCGGCCCUCCAGAGCGUGCUCCCCGAGGCCGGGGCCGCGGAGCUGGCGGCGCUCCUCCGCCGGGCGAUGCUGCGGCUGGUGGACGAUUUCGCGUCGCCGGACUCGGGGGACGUCGACUACGAGCACAUGCAGGACUCGCCCCAGUGGGGCACCUUCUUGGCCGUUGCGUCGGAGCUCGCCAGCGACCGCCUCUGGGCGGACCUGCUGGCCUCCAGCACGGCGCAGAGGAAGGCGUUCUUCAUCAACCUCUACAACGCCAUGACCUUCCAUCCGAAGAAGGAAAACUGCAGAGAUGUAAGUGGUUGCGAGGAGCUCGCAAGCGACAGCGCCGAGACUAUUUUCUGCGCGGCUGGGCUGGUUGGCCGCGUGGGCCUCGCUCGCGGCGGGUUGGUCCGCGCUGCGCUCAGGCCGGGGCUCUGGAACCUGUACUGUUUCUUCAUCGCGCCCGCGGUUUCCUACCUCGUCGCCGGGGUCCCCCUGUCCCUCGACGACGUGGAGAACGGCCUGCUUCGGGUGUUGUUGCCCAAGUUCAGCAAAGCCAAGUCAGACGGCGACCAGGAGACCCAGCAUAAGCUCUUUUCUGUCUGCCCGUCCCUUGCGACUGAGUGGAAAGCGCCGCCCGAGGCCACGCCUGACGAGCACUUGGCUCAGGAGUCCCAGCAGCUGCGUCACCUGCAGGCCCAGCAGGUGCGGAUCAAGAAUCAACUCAUCCAGGCUGCGCAGACGCAGAAGGACCUCCAGACCAAGCUCAGGACCAACAUCGAUGAGUGUUUGGCGACGCUUGCCGAGAUCGACGGGCUCGUUGGCAAGACGCAGGCGGCAGGACCCCAGAUGGAAGCUCGGCAGGCGCAGCAGGCACAGCGAGCAGACGACGAAGAGUUCCCAGAGUUGGGGACGGAUGACUUGGCAUCCCUCGGCGAGACCACACGCAAGCAGUAUAAAAAGGCACCGACAGCUCCGGCAGCUGGCACAGCCAAGGACCAGGCGCAGGAGACCACCAAUCCAGCGUCGGUGGACUUCACAAACGCGGCCGAGGUGGACCAGUACAUCUCGCAGACGGCGGCGUUGCGCGCCAGGGCCAAGGGCGUCGCCAGCAGCAGUGCAACAUGCCCCUAA